GGGCGGGGGCGGGGCCAGGAUCAGCUCCAGCUCCAGCUCUUGCUCCGCUCCGGAGGCGCCUCGGCCGCUAGGAGCGGCUCCGCAGCCCGACGAAGAUGGUGGACUACAGCGUGUGGGAUCACAUCGAGGUGUCGGACGAUGAGGACGAGACGCAUCCCAACAUCGAUACGGCCAGUCUUUUCCGAUGGCGGCACCAGGCCCGUGUGGAGCGCAUGGAGCAGUUCCAGAAAGAGAAGGAGGAGCUGGACCGGGGCUGCCGGGACUGCCAGCGCAAGGUGGCCGAGUGCCAACAGAAGCUGAAAGCGCUGGAAGUGGCUGACAGGGAGGGGGAAGGGGCCCAGGGCGAGUGGCAGCGGCUGCAGGCGGAGGCCCAGGAACUGCGCAAGGAAGAGAAGACCUGGGAGAGGAAGCUGGACGAGCUGCACCGGAAGGAGAAGAGCAUGCCGUGGAAUGUGGACACGCUGAGUCGGGAUGGCUUCAGCAAGAGCGUCUUCAAUGUGAAGCCAGACCAGGAAGAAGAGUCGGAGGAGCAGAAAGAGCAGAAACACAAAACCUUCGUGGAGAAGUAUGAGGCUCAGAUCAAGCAUUUUGGUAUGUUGCGGCGCUGGGAUGACAGCCAGAAAUAUCUGUCUGAUCACACCCAUCUGGUCUGUGAGGAGACAGCCAACUACCUGGUCAUCUGGUGUAUCGAUCUGGAGGUGGAAGAGAAAUGUGCUCUGAUGGAGCAAGUGGCCCACCAGACCAUAGUCAUGCAGUUCAUCCUGGAGUUGGCUAAGAGCCUCAAGGUUGAUCCCCGUGCCUGCUUCCGCCAAUUCUUCACCAAAAUCAAGACAGCCGACCAGCAGUACAUGGAGGGCUUUAACGAUGAACUGGAGUCCUUCAAGGAACGGGUGCGGGGCCGGGCCAAGGUGCGGGUCGAGCGGGCCCUGCAGGAGUACGAGGAGGAGGAACGCCGGAAGCGGCUGGGUCCCGGCGGCCUGGACCCUGUGGAAGUGUACGAGGCUCUGCCUGUGAAACUGCAAAAGUGCUUUGAUGUGAAAGAUGUUCAGAUGCUACAGGACACCAUCAGCCAGAUGGAUCCCACUGAAGCAAAGUACCACAUGCAGCGUUGUAUCGACUCGGGGCUCUGGGUGCCGAACGCAAAACCAGCCUCCAGUUUGGACAAAGGGGAGGAGGAGGCGGCGCUGCUGUCGGCGGCGGCCAAGAAGGCCGAGGACAAGGAGCAUCCCUGAGGGCCACACGUUCACACA